UCAAAAGCUUUAAUGUCAAAUCCACGUGGGGCUAUUAAAAUUAAAAUCUAUAAAUAUUAAUUAAAAGAUAAUAAGUUAUUACUAUCGAAUAAGCUGUUUAUUUUAGACCUAAUCGAGUAUAUAUUACGCAAACAAUGUCUUCGUCAAAUGAGUCAGGUAUCGAUUCAGAGGAAGAGCUAAACCCAGAAAAGCACAAAAAGUCAUUAGAAAAACUAAAGAAAAUUGACCCAGAUUUUUAUAAUUUUCUGGAAGAAAAUGAUGAAAAUCUUUUGAAUUUUGAUGUGGCUUCUGAUGACGAUAAUUUGUCAGAAAAAGAGGAUGAUGACGAAGAUGAUAAGAUUCAUCAACCUAGUGAGCUCAAAGGUGAUAGUGAUGAGAGUGACUUUGAGGAUGUGGAUGCAAAACCAGUUAAAGGAAAAGUGACUCUGAAAAUGGUAUCUCAAUGGCAGUCUAAACUGCAGACGGAAGGUGCCGUGAAGCGAAGCACAUUAGUUACAGUUAUAAAGAUGUUUAAUGCUGCUAUGGUAAGAGCUACCAGUGAUGAUGGAGCUUCAGCUGGAGAAUAUAAAGUAGAAGGUUCAUCUGUUUUCAAUGCAGUUAUUCAGAUGUGUGUAUUAUAUCUGCCACCUGCACUUAAGAAAUACUUAGGCCUUGAGCAAUCUGGAAAAGACCCACAAAAGUGCAAGAACUUUGGAAAAAUCAAGGGAUCACUAAUAGCAUAUCUGAAAGAUCUAUUAAAACUUCUAAGUGGUGUCACAUCAGAUAAUAUAUUGACAGUGCUACUGAAGCACUUACACCAGAUGUCAUUGUACAUUGCCUGUUUUAGUAGAAUAUCUAAACUAGCGUUAAAAAAACUUUUAUCACAUUGGUCGAGAGGGGAAGAAACAGUAAGAGUGCUUGCAUUUUUAAGUAUUCUCAGAAUUACAAGAAACCAACAAACAACUUUGCUUGAUAUGGUUUUGAAAGCUAUGUACUUGACAUAUGUGAAGAACUGCAAGUUUGUGAGCCCAACCAGUUGGCCAGGAAUAAACUUCAUGAGGAGAUCUCUUGUGGAAAUGUUUGCUUUGGACCUUAAUGUUUCAUAUCAACAUGUUUUUCUGUAUAUAAGACAAUUGGCUAUACAUUUAAGGAAUGCAAUUGUGGUGCAAAAGAUAGAGAACCGCCAAGCGGUUUACAAUUGGCAGUUUGUUAAUUCGUUGCAUCUGUGGGCCGAUCUGAUUUCAGCUACUUCAAACAAAACACAAUUGGAACCGCUCCUGUAUCCAUUAGUGAUGGUUAUAACAAAUACAAUAAGAUUGGUGCCCACACAUCAGUACUAUCCCCUACGAUUCCAUUGUGUUGAGAUCCUAAUUAAUUUAUCAAAGGAUACAGAUAAUUUUAUUCCAGUUCUACCGUAUUUGACAGAGGUUUUAUCUACAUAUGAUUUCAACAAAAAACACAAGAAAGUGUCCAUGAAACCGCUGGAUUUUUCUUGCAUUCUACGCCUCGCCAAGUCUCAACUAUCAGAGAAUGGCUUCAAGGAUUCAGUUAUUGAGCGAGUGUAUGCAUUGCUAUUGGAAUACUCUACGAAUGAGUCACACAGAAUUGCAUUCCCAGAUCUAAUGCUUCUUGCAACUUUACAAAUUAAACAAUUCUUGAAAUCUUGUUCAGUUGCAAAUUAUACAAAAAAGAUGAGACAGUUACUAGAAAAGAUUGAGGAAAAUUCAAAAUAUAUUGAGAGGGAAAGGUCUAAGAUUAGUUUCGCUUUGAGCGACGAGAAAAUGGUUGCAGCUUGGGAAGCUAGAAUUAAAGUUAAAGGCACACCAUUAAUAUCAUUUUUCGAAAACUGGAGCAAAAUAAAUAAAAUUCAAAAGAGAAAGAAAGUUUCAAAGAAUGACGAAAUGGCUGGAGAGUUACCGAUGAUUAAGAGACCAAAAAUAAUUGAAAGUGAAGAAAAGAUACAAGAAGAAAAGAAAGGACCUUUAGUCCUAUUUCCGUCAGACAGUGAGGGAGAGGAAACUAAAUUAGAACUUGAGGAAGAGCCCCAAAAACCGAAAGCCAAGAAACUUAAAUCUAAAAUAAAAAAGAAUAAGAAAUUGAAGAAACCAAUUAUUGAAACAGCAGACGAUGUUCCAGAUAAGGAUGAUGUUGUGCAAGAGUUUAGUGUGAAGGAUUGGUAAUAAAAUGGAUAUCAUUUCAAA